UCUGUCAACUCUCGGCCCAAGAAAAACAUACAAGAGGUUACACUGGCUCUGCCCCUUUCACUCGAGUAUUAAAGGAGAGCGUCAAGGAUGUACAAGCCAGUCCUUACAAUACGUGAUUUCUGGAAACUUGAGAGUGGGACUGACACUUGGCUACUAUCAUUGGAGAAAGAAAUGGAGCUGUUCACAACAGCGCUCUUAGGAGCGCUUGUACUAGUUCUGUUUUGGAUAUUUCGUGUGAAAGACAACAGCAAGUUACCUCCAGGACCUUUGGCACUUCCCAUUGUUGGAAGCCUGCCGUUUCUGGACAAAAAUGCACCGUAUAAAUCCAUUAUGGAGUUCAGUAAAACCUAUGGUCCUGUGAUGACCAUGUACCUGGGAUGGCAGCGGGCUGUUGUUCUUGUGGGCUAUGACGCAGUGAAGGAGGCUCUGGUGGACCAAGGAGAAGACUUCUCUGGAAGAGCUCCUGUACAUUUUCUGUACAAAGCCACUCGGGGCUAUGGUGUGGGCAUUAGUAAUGGUGAGCGCUGGAGGCAGCUCAGGCGGUUCACACUGAGCACUCUGAGAGACUUUGGCAUGGGACGCAAGCCUAUGGACAUGUGGAUCCAAGAGGAGAGCAAGCACAUGAUAGCACACAUCAACACACUUAAAGGCAAGCCCUUUGACCCCACAUUUAUAUUGAGUAAGACUGUCUCCAAUGUGAUCUGCUGCCUGGUGUUUAGUGAACGCUUCCGCUCUGAAGAUACACAAUUUCUUCGACAACUGCAGAUCUUAAACAAGUUUAUAAAAUUUAAUAGCACCCCCUUUGGACAGUUCUACAGCAUCUUCCCCUGGCUGAUGGAUCACCUUCCUGGCCCACAUCACACUAUGUUUGCAGAAGUUGAUGAGGUGAGAGCGUUCAAUAGGAAGAAGAUUGAAGAGCACAUGAAGACAUUGGAUCCCAGCUCUCCACGAGACUUCAUUGACUGCUUUCUCAUCCGCAUGCACCAGGAGAAAGACAACCCUCACAGUGAGUUCCACUUUGAGAACCUGUGGUCCACAGUUCUUAACCUGUUUGCAGCAGGAACAGAAACAACCAGCUCUACUAUCAGAUUUGCUCUGAGUGCCCUCAUUAAAUACCCCGACAUUCAGAAGAAGAUGCAGGAGGAGAUUGACCCUGUGAUUGGUCAAGAGCGUAGUCCCAACAUGGACGACAGGAAGUCUCUCCCCUUCUGUGAUGCAGUUAUUCAUGAGGUUCAACGCUUCAUUGACCUUGUUCCCUUCAGCCUACCACACUACGCACUCAAAGAAAUCACUUUCAGGGGCUACACAAUCCCAAAGGGCACUUUUAUAUUCCCCUUACUACACUCUGUGCUGAAAGGAGAAAAACAAUGGGCAACUCCCUUCACCUUUAACCCUCAGCACUUUCUGGAUCACAAUGGCAACUUUAAGAAGAAUCCAGCUUUUAUGCCUUUUGCUGCAGGGAAAAGGUCGUGUGUUGGAGAGUCCUUGGCCCGUAUGGAGUUGUUCAUCUUUAUAGUGUCUCUACUGCAGCACUUCACCUUCUCUUGCAGUGGAGGCCCUGACAGCAUCAACCUGACGCCUGAAACCAGUGGCUUUGGUAAUGUGCCUCGAAGACACGAGAUCAUUGCCACACCACGAUGAGCUCAUUAUUACAAUGGAAUAAAUUACAUACAGGAAAUUUGUUAAACCUGUUUAUUUUAAUAUACUGUUCUUUUUACAUGGAUCAUUUUGUAGAAGAAUUUGCAUGUGCAAUGUGGGUAUCAAUGUAAAUAUAAAAUAUAAUAUAUAAUUUUGUAAUAAAGUCUGUCAUUUUCCC